AUGAACUCUAAAAAACCAUUUAAAAGCUAUGCUCAGAGACCACAAAGACAGAUUGUAGUAGAAGAGCAUCAAUCGGAUAUUUCUGUUCCUCCAAACGGAGUUUCUUCACAGGAAACUCCCACGGAUGCCUCUCUUUCAUUCAGAACUCCAACACCUACUGAUUAUGAAGCAGCCGUAAAGUACAAAGUACGCCUCCAUUGGGUGCAUUUUUGUCUUUCGUUCCAGACAAGUUGCCUGCUAACACGAGUCCAGGACAUUAAGCAGCGUCUAGCUGAAGUAACAAAUGAACUUACCCCUAUGGUUCUACCAGUGGCUACUUCUGACGUUGUGACUGCUGUUACGGUAGGUCAGCAAGAAGUAAGCCACAGAUUAGCCUCUCCAAGCGUCUCAAGCAUUACCUCGACAACUUGCAACAACGGAGGCGAUUGCACUAGCAGUGGGUGUUCGUGUUGCGAGGGCAUGCUAAACUAUCUUGCCUCACUUACAUCCGAUAACGCAUCAUUUGAUCAGCCUCAGUGGCAAAAUCUAAAAACACUGCUCAGUGGCCGGCGGCCCACAAAAUAUACCUCUGGAUGUCCUAAUAUCGAAGUGGUUUUAAAGGAACUGGUAGCGGUGGCUAGCGAAUUAUCCACGUCUACAGUCCCAGUGACAGAAAUGCAGGAAAUGGAGAAGCGUUUGAUGGAGGCUGAUGCAGAGGUGCUGCGUCUGCAGAAUCAGACGCAGGCCCUGCAAAAGCUACUGGACGACAGUUUCUUUGGACAGCCACUGUCGGGACACAUGCAGCCACGACAGAGAGUGGCGUCAGAGGACCUUUCGCACGCAAGCGGCAACUCGGAGUCGGUUGUCGCCUGGCUAGACCUUGCAGUCUCACCGUUCACCUUCUCGGACGCGGAAUCGGAGAGGCGUCAGGCUUCCACGCCCUAUAAGCAUCCCGGUGAUCAGGCUAUCGACGCUAAAGCCAGUCUUGAUGCCUUGAUUGCCGCCAAAAAGACAGAAUUAGCCGAGGUUAGGCGUGACACCAUCAACUGGGAUUCGAAACACAGUCUCAUUUGCGAGAAACAGGCAGAAAUCCAGGAUUUAAUGGAAGCUGUGGCCAAGGCCUUUCCGUCGAACGAUGAUACAGCCAUAGUUGAGGUGACAGAUCUCUCAGACGAGGACACAACGAUUGACGUCCCACGAAUACAGUCCACUAGCCCCUGCAGUGUCACCGUGGAAGAGUUGGUGAACAAAGCCGAGUCAUUGCGAAGCGAUCUCGAAGGCUUUGACAAAUCCACUGCCUCCCACCACGCAGACAAGCUCCAACCCUCUCUUGUUGCCCUUUCUGACGCACUGAAAUCCGUCCUGGUUGAAGUUUGUCCUGACGCUCUUGAAAGCCCUACCAAUGCUAAGUUGAGCUACUUCAAGGAUGCUCUUGGAAAACUGAAAGCCGAGGUAAACAACCUUCGCAAUCAACAGAUCGAAGUGCGUAGUGCUGCGUGUAGUUUGGGCGAAUUCAUGGCAAAGCAGCUUGCAGAAUUGCAAGACACGGUAGUGAUGAAUGAGGCCAGACAGUUUCAGGAAGAAGAGGAUCUUCAGGCGGUGCUUGAUGAGGUGCUUGAACGCACUUUCAACACGCAAAUUGACAGCGCCGUGCCUCGCCACGAACUUCUGAGGCAGAUGUUCGAAGCACAGGAGCUAGAAAUCGGACAGCUACACAGUGAGAUUGAAGGUAAGCAGGUUGAACUCGAAGGCCUACAGCAGACCCUAAGUAGCCUUGAGCAAGAACUAGCUAGUAAUACAGAGGCUGCGCAAGUACUCUGUGAAUCUAGGCUUGAAUUGAUUGAGAGAGUAGCUUCUCUUACGGCAGACGAUCUGCCUGGGGGCAGGUUUAAUGAAUUUUUAUCCGAACUUCGGCAAAAUGGUACAUUAGUCGACCACUUGAAGAACGUUGAUCUCUUCAACGAAGUCCUCGCUGAACGAAUCACAGAUUGGUUGAACAAACGCGAAGGCGAUAAUAAGUUAGCUCUUGCACAAAAGCAGUCUGAAAUUGACCUCUUGCUAGUAAGACUAGCUGAAGAGGAAGAAUUGCUCAAGAGUAAUGCAGACGAAGCUGAAGAAUUACGCACUCAGUUGAUGAUGCUACAGCAGAGCGUCCAAUCGCCUCCAACCAGCACAGAAAAGGCCGUAGAAACGGCUUCUGACCAGGAGCACGACGAGUCGUCACCGCUUCUGCGCUCAUUCCAGGACACAACUCAGGGUACACAAUUGUCUCCUGCAGACAAAGCCCUAUCACUCGGAUCAGACGACUUCGAGCCGUUCACAGGUGCUGCUCAGGCGGCUGCGGUGACCGAUUUGACGCCUGUUCGGGCUGGAUUUGAUGAACCCGGACAAAUUGUCGAGGCAUUGAAGGCCCAAGUGAACAGUCACGUCGACAGGAUCUCCCAAUUGGAAGCCCAAUUGUGCACGCAAAACGAGGCAUUUAAGUCGCAACUGGCCGAGGCCAGUGACAGGGCCAGUCAAUUUACUGUAAUCCAGAGCGCCUACGAAACGGACAUUCAACAGCUCAAGACGGUUCUAAGACACAAGACUGAUGAAAUUGUUAACCUUACCAACAUGCUGUCCUCAUCGCGACGGGAAGUUGAGGAAUUGGUUAGAACGAUUGGUAGCCUCAAAGACGACACCGAAGCUCUGAAGAUUGAGUUGAAGUCAGCUCAAGAGGAGACAGCUGCACGAACACAUGAGUUGGAGCAUGCGCAGGGUGUCCUUUCUGAAAGAGCACGUGAGUUAAGUGACAUCAGAGAGGUGGUGGCAGAUUACGACGAUCGGUUGCAGAACUUCCGCUUCGUCCUUCACAACAAGGACAAGGACCUGAAGGAGAGAAGUAAGCAGCUUGAUGCCCUGUCAAGUAAAUUGCGAGAGAAGCAGUCAGAGGUUAAGGCAGUUACUGAAGACUUCGCGCAACUUAACGGCCUCUUCAGCAGACUUUGGAAGAACACACUGUUGGUUGACGAGUCCCCGAGUCGAGACGCUGGCUUGGCCCUUCGAGAUGAGCCAAUGCAUGUCCUCAAGGCUUCGUCAGCAGUCGAUCAAUUCCUUGGGCUCCUGCUCUCCAAAGAACCAGAUCUCGUUAUGGGUGACUUGCAGGCCGGUGUGCAGGCGUAUAAAGCCUUCCGACAGAAGCACUCACCUGGGACGCCGCGUGGUGACUCAUCGACUUUCAUUCGGGAUGAGUCAGACCUACCCUGGAAUCCGUGUUGUGUAGCCGCAGUUUCUGCUGUUGGCACUAGCAUUGGGGACCCUAUCACGUUCAAUCUACUCAGGGACCUGGCCUACUCUGAAUCAUGCCGCGUGUGUCUGGCUAAUCAACUGUCCAAGUCCGAGUCUCAAGUAGACCAGUUAAAGGGCAUGUUAACCUCCCUGCGCGCCGAGGUCGAAACCAAUCAUUUGCAGUUAGCGGAACGAACACGGCAGCUCAUUCUUCUUGGCAUUGAUCCAGCAGAAAGGGCGGCGACCAAGUCACCGGAGACCAGUGGAAACCAAACCAUCUGUUAUGUGGACACAGACGAAGCUAUCGAGGCGGAAACCACAGUUCCUGUUCUUCAAAGGGCUGACGAUUCGGUCUUUUGGAAGGAUCACGCAGAACAGCUAGAAUUGGAAAACGUCGAGAAGACUGGUAUAAUAGAGCGGCUAAAUAAGUUGUAUUUGGACUCCAAAACAAGCGUAUCGCAGAUGGAACAGCGCUGUGUGGAGGCCGAUUGGGCAAAGCAAAAGGCACUAGAGAAGUUGGCACAAACUGAGACGUACCUACAGAAGUUAAUCCAUGACAAGUCCAGAACAGCAGACCAAUCAAAAGCGGAAAGCCAAAUCAGCGAGGAAGAUGAAGACGAAAGAACGGGCAAAAUAAGCCCAGAUGUCGAAACGUUGGCUCAAAUGCUCGACACCAAUGCCACAGAGAAGGAUAUUAUUCAAAAGGUUCAGCAAAUGAAAGAAGAGAUAUUAGAGAAGGAGGCCGAAGAGGGAAGACUAAGGCAGCAGCUGCAUAAAAUCCGAGAAAAAUUACUCAGCACACAGUCACACCUAGAAGAGCAAUGGGAGACUGCACAUAAAUUGCAACAAGCAACACAACAGGACAUCGACGAAAAACAAUUGUAUGUAAACAACCUCGAAACCAUUAAGCAAGAGAAUGAGAAAGAAAUAAACAGAUUAAGAGAAGAGCAGGAUAAAAUACAGCGCCAAGCUCAAGAAAAGGAGAACCAACUGUACGUCAAUCAGGCCAAUAUGGUGGAAUUAGAGAAGAGGUGUGAAUGCCUAGCAAGUGAGAAGUCUGCCCUGGAGGGUAGG